AAAGGUUGACCCUUUCCUCACCAACCGAACCACGACACGACUGACAGACGGCCCGAACAAGGAUUAUCGCCAAUGCAUUUUACGCCAGAGCCCUACGACGUUUCCCUCUCCUCCUUGAAGCACCAGAUGCGCGUAGGCCGAAACCUGAGCCUCGUGCGCGCCUCAUUUUCCGAAGACCGUUGCGACGCUGAGCGACGGCGCGGCUGCUCUGCGCCUUGAAUCCCUGGCCGGCAGUCCCAUCUGCCGCCGGGCUGCCCUCGCGACCGUCUUUCCAACGCCAUACUGCGUCUGGGCCUGGCCUGGGAUCCGGCAGCUGCCGUCGCAGACCCUCCCUGAGACGGGACUGGGCGAGCCCUGGAGAGACAGCAGAAGACUCGCUGCUUUGUCGCCAGUAGCAACCAUUUCAUUUCAUUUUUUUUUUUAGCACGGCGCCACCACCGUAGGCAUCUCCAGCCAUGAUAGCCCCAGCUGUGCCCGCGCUCUCCACCGUGCGGGGGUUCCAAGGGACGCCCGGCGUCUCGGGCGAUGAGGAUUCUGACCAUGGCGCCACGUCGGCGCCGCGCGCCAAGGUGGCGACGCCGCCGAGAGGCCGUAAGCGCCCCGUCGCUCUCGACGAUGUGGUCAGCGCAAACUGUAGCCCUCUGCUCAAGGCCACUCCUUCGCCUGCCGUGAGCGGCAUCGCCAAACUUCGUCUCCAAAUGGAGCCGCUGAGCCUGGAUGUCACAGCCGCGUCCUCCCGAGCCACUUCAAUGACGCGCAGCGACAGCCGCGGUCAGCGCAUCAUCACUUCGCCGCUGGCAUUCCCCACACUCGGGCCCGCGGUGGGGGCGCGCCCCGGCAUGGUAAGCAACGCCACCAGCCGGGCCCCCAGCCGCGAGCGCCUCGGCAGUGGCCAGACCAGCAACAGCGGCGAUGAGACGUCGUCCAACGCAACGACCAGCUACGAGAUCAACCUGGACGAGGAUUUUGUCAGCGAGACGAUCAAGGACCGGCUCUCGACUCUAGGCGGGGCCGCCGAGGGCCCUGCCCUGUACGCCAACGCCAUAGAGGGCGGGCUCCUGCCCCCACCGCCGCGCAAGAUGACGGCCGACGACUUCGAACCGCUGCGCUGCCUCGGCAAGGGCACUUACGGCACCGUGAUAUUGGUGAAGCAGCGUACGACCGGUCGGCUCUAUGCGCAGAAGCAGUUCAAAAAGGCGUCGCUUGUCGUGCAUAAGAAGUUGGUAGAGCAGACCAAGACGGAGCGUCAGAUCCUCGAGAGCGUCAACCGUCACCCGUUCGUUGUCAAGCUCUACUACGCCUUCCAGGACCAUGAGAAGCUGUACCUUAUACUCGAGUAUGGACAAGGCGGCGAGCUAUUUACCCACCUCAACACGGAGAAACUCUUCUCGGAGGAUGUCGCGGCCUUUUACAUGGCCGAGAUGGUGCUCGCGCUGUCGCAUCUGCAUGACAACCUCGGGGUGGUGUACAGGGACCUGAAGCCUGAAAACUGCCUCCUCGACUCGGAGGGUCACCUGCUUCUAACCGACUUUGGACUCUCAAAGGUGGCAGUAGACCCGUCGUCGGACGCGUGCAACUCGAUCCUGGGCACAGUCGAGUACAUGGCGCCCGAGAUCAUCCAGGGCAAGAAGUACGGCAAGGCGGUGGACUGGUGGGGCCUGGGCGCGCUGGGAUACGACCUAAUGACUGGCAACCCGCCGUUCCGGGGACAGAACCACGCCAAGAUCCAGGACAAUAUUGUGAAGCAGAAGCUGGUGUUGCCCUACUUCCUGAGCCCAGAUGCAAAGGACCUGCUCACACGCCUCCUCAAGAAGGAGCCGUCGAAGCGCCUCGGUGCCAAUAUGCCCAAGGAUCUGGCCACCAUCAAGAAGCACCGUUUCUUUCGCAAGAUCGACUGGAAGAAACUGGCAGCGCGCGAGGUGGAGCCACCGAUCCAGCCCAUGAUCACGGACCCGGAGCUGGCCGAGAACUUUGCGCCCGAAUUUACGGAGCUGUCGCUGAGCCCCGUGGUGACGACGCGAGAAGACCCUUGGAGCGGCUUGCCGCCGCCGGCGAGGCUGCCAGAUGCUCUGUCCCCCGUCAGGGAAGGUGCUCCGAAGGAGGAGCUCUUUGGUGGGUUCAGCUUCGUGGCGUCGAGCAGCCUUUUGGAGAAUGGUGGAUUUCUGCUGGCAGCCGAGGCGGCCCGCUAAAUGUGCGGGCGAGAAGAGACGGUGAAGAGAAUACGCACCCCUGACCAUUUAAUACCACAAGGGCAAGGCGAUGUCAGUCGCACAGAACAGGGUUUUGCAUGGGCUAAACACGCAUACAAGCGUGCGUUUUGGAAGCUUUCCUAAGAUUAUAGACUGAGACGAUUCAUUUUGUUUACAGAAGGGACAGAGGGACCAACGAAUGGAAGGGAACGGAAUGGUGGCCGGUGUUGGUUGAUAGGCAGGGUUUGAACGAGGCUCCCUUGGGUGGACACCUGAUAUACUUAAAGUUUGUUCUUUUUUUCCUUAAGGUCCCUCCAUGGCCGUCUCUGUUUUGUUUUCCAGAUCCGGGUAAGUCCAGAAGAUACUGGUCACCAUGGACGCCAGGGAACAGUGCCACCACUCUCCGAGGAGAUGUGAGGUAUGAUUUUGGAUUGCGUUUCCUGGCGUCAACGAGGCGAGAUGACAUGCCUGGAAAAGUCACAUUAAACUCGCUUGUUUGCCGCUGUCACGCGGGAGGCAUGCAUUCGAGGCAUGGAGACCCCAGUUUGCAGUGUCUCCAACAAGGAUCCCGUUCAUCUUGACGUCUCUCAGGGAUCAUAAAUACCAAGACGAAAGCGUGAAAAAAAAACCCCCCUGAUGAGAGAGAGACUAAAGAAUGACGGAUAUAAGCUCAACGCGCAAAGCCGUCUAUUUUCUUGAUUUGGUCAUUUUCAUAUUGUGCAUAGGGCAGCGUCGAGAGCAGCAAAAGCAACCAAUGCCUCCAGGCAGACCGGAUGGGUGCCCGUAUCGAAUACGAAAAUACGAUCAAAUGCCGAAACAUUCCAC